UGUUUAUGUUUUGCAUCAGUUUAGGCGUGCUCGAUGCUGUUGCCAAGCUGCCGAGGUCAGGAAAUUGGAAUCGAAUAUUUACAAUUAGGCUACAUAUUUAAGUUUUCAAGACAAGCGGAUUCAUUCUAGAAUUCUAUAACUUUUCUAGCAUUUGGAUAUACCGGUCUUUAGUUGCACAGGCGUGGACUGAGCGCGGUACAGUACCGUGAACAGCUGCAACCAAAAAAAGUAAUUUCGUGAUCUGGAUAAACCAGUAAACUCCACUGUUCAAUAUGGAUGGGAUGUAUCAUGAACAUUUUCUCAUUUGUAUGUUGAUUUUGUUCUGUUGGCUAGAACCAACAGAAUCAAAAUCUCCUAUAUGUGAUGCAGCACACAAUCUAUUUCAAUGCAAUACAACAUCACAAUGCGUCACUCUUACUCAAAGAUGCGAUUUUAGGUAUGAUUGCGACGAUAGGUCAGACGAACUAGGAUGUGUUCGCCCAUCAUGUAACACUACAACACAAUAUACUUGUGCGAAUGGGAAAUGUAUUCACAGUAACUGGAUAUGCGACGGAGAGAACGAUUGCGUUGAUAGAUCUGAUGAAACUGACGAACUUUGUUCUGGGGAUUGCAAGGAGGGUUAUUUCCGAUGUCGAGGGUCGAAAGCUUGCAUGCCAAAUUCCUAUAAAUGUGAUGGAGACGCGGACUGCACUGGAGGAGAGGAUGAAGAGAAUUGCCCCGCGCGAGAAUGCAGGGAUGAUGAAUUCCAAUGUUCAAAUAAGCAACAAUGUAUAGAUAUUGACUAUCGCUGUGAUGGUGUGAAUGAAUGUAGAGAUAGAUCUGAUGAAGUAGGAUGCACUGAUAUUAUAUGUAAAGAUAAUCAAUUCACCUGUGCUGAUAAGACUCAUUGCAUAGAUGAGGAUUGGAAAUGUGACGGAAUCUCUGAUUGCAGAGAUGAAAGUGAUGAACAAGAAUGUGAGAAUGAAAAUAGAAAGUGUCUCCCACAAUACUUCACUUGCAAAUCUGGAACAAUACCUUGCAUACCUUUAAGUUGGAAAUGUGAUGGAAAUAAGGAAUGCAGUGAUGGAUCAGAUGAGUUGAAUUGUGAUAAUAUAAAGGACAGAUGUCCAUUUGGGGAAUCACAUUGUGCUAAUCGUCGUCAGUGCAUCAGCAAACGCAAAUUUUGCGACGGCAUUUGGGAUUGUGUGGACAAGUCUGAUGAAUCUGAUUGUGCCGGUAAAAAGCCAGCAAAGUCGCCACAAUCUUGUCCACUUGAGACACAUUAUAGAUGUCCAGGGGACGCUGGCAAAUGUAUUCCUGCUAAAAGGUUGUGUGACUCUAUUAAGGAUUGUCCUGGGGGAGAAGACGAAAAACAAGGCCCGCACUUUUGCAAUUAUAAUGAAUGCACCGAUGCCACUUAUUCCAAUUGCUCACACAUAUGCAUUGAUAUGAGAGUUGGUUUUAAAUGUGAAUGUAGAAAAGGAUACAAAUUGGCAAAAGACAAGCACACUUGUGAAGAUAUCGAUGAAUGCAUUCGAGGUAUUUCGAAUCCCUGUCAGGAAUUUUGUUUUAACACAAAUGGCUCGCACAAAUGUUCUUGCUAUGAAGGCUUCACUCUUUUGCCUAAUGGUGAAUGUAAACCUAAUGAUGAAAAACAUGACGUCUCGUUUAUUGUUAGUGGGAUAGAAGAUAUAAGGAAAAUUACUUUAGAUUGGCAUCGAGGUCAUAAAGUUGUUGUUCCUAAUAUCCCUGCUGUUGCUGUUCGUUUUUUAGCCCUCGAUAUUAGAAAUGGCUUUGUUUACUGGUCGGAUCCCAAGAAUGAGGCCAUUUCAAGGUAUAAAAUAUCGACAUUAGAUAGCUUGAAAGCAUCGCCACCGAAGCCAGAAAUAUUGGUCCGUUCUCCGACAAUCAAAUCUCCUGGUCGUAUUGCCCUCGAUUGGGUUCAUGAGCUAUUAUUUUGGGUCGAUUCUGACAGAGAAUCAAUAUCUGUGUCAAAAUUAGACGGAACGAUGUCUAAAACUUUGUAUAGGUUUCCUAAUACGAUAGUGGCCGGAUUUGCUGUCCAUCCUAAGUAUGGGUAUAUAUACAUGGGAUGCAUCUUAAACUCAGGGAAAGGUGAAGGCGUGAUACGUAGAUGUGGAAUGAAUGGGAACAAGACUUCUUGUGUGUCAAUUGUAACGAGGCAGGUCAAGGCAGUAUAUGACAUUGCUAUUGAUUAUGAUCAAGAUAUCGUAUAUUGGACUGAUCCUGUACUCGAAUUAUUAGCGGGAAGCCGACUGGAUGGUGAAUACAGACAAAAUCUGAUCUACGAUGAAGCCUAUUCUCCAUUAUCUCUUGCUGUAUUCAAUGGAAGAAUAUACUGGAUAGACAAGGAGCGACACUAUUUAUUCUCCUCCAGUCGAAGUGGAAGUCAAGUGCGGGUCGUGAACAACGACAUUUAUACGAGAAUGGACAUGGCUGUACUGAACGCAGGAGCUCAGCCACCAGGUACAAAUUACUGCCUGAAUUCUGAGUGCAAGUAUCUCUGCUUACCUGAAGCUUAUGACUCUUCCGACCCUCGUAAUUACACUUGCUCGUGCCCGGAUUCUUAUGUUCCAGUGGAAGACGAUUCAAAUGACUGCAAACCAAUAAUUGAUCCUGUUCAACGAAUGAAUUCCCGACAAUCAAAAAUAACCACCUCCCCCUCAAAUGUCCCUCUUUCACAAAGCACUCUAACAACUUUGACCACCUCAACUAAACAGACGACUACUUCGGUCACAACCGGGGCAGUCACAGGACAAUAUUCUGGCAACAGUCAAGGAAUGUCAUCAGGGACAAAGAUUGUGCUUAUAAUUGGUAUUAUAGCACUUCUUGGGUUUAUUGUAACCAUAACCUGGUGUGUCAUAAAAUUGAGAAAGAAGCAUUCUGCUCGUAGGAGCAUGAACUUUAACAAUCCAAUCUAUAGAAAAGUAACCGGAUCUGUGGCUUCAACCAACUCUUCUAUAAUCGGAUUAACAGAUCCAAGUCCAGGAACCAGUUCUGGUGAUGUCAGUAAUUACUUAGAAGAUGAAGAAGAAGGAACCGCGGGAUUGAUCAAUAAUGAGGAAGUUCCAGAAGGAAGUAAUCCUUCUAUUAGUUGAGGUGAGGAGUCCAGAUUUUACUACCAUGAAGACUUCAAAUUUUUGCUGCUAUAAAUUUCAACCAAGACAAAAAAAUUGAAACGCAAAGUCGAAAGAAAUAUUCACUGUGCCUCAUUCAAUAUACACCAUUUUAUGCACCAGAAUCAACAACGAAAAAACGGCUCAAAAAACGUUAUUUUGAUUUGAAAUUUGAACGUUUACAACUAUUUUCCUCCUCAAAAAGAGCAAUGCACUUAAACUCAGACUCAUGAAUUUUGUAUUUUUCGAUAUUUUAUGUUUCCGUCAACUCAAAUCCGUCCUUAAUUAAAAAAUGUCCGUACGCAUCUGGAACAAUUCCCACAUUUGGACUGGUAAAUAGAUACUUGACCUGAAAUGGACAAAAUAUGACUCGCUGGCCAAAUUCGGCCCUUUGGGUGUGCCCACCUAAUGCUGCUAUAAAUUCCUGCUUUUAACCAGUUCUGCAUGUACUACAUAGAUGUUGUAAUUAAAAUCUCAAAUCGGUUUCGCUAAUUGCCACAUCCAAACUUAAACCAAAUUUUGAUGUUUUAACUAAAAAAAUAGCUCAAGGAAUUUGUUGAGAUAGCGAUUAAAUUUAGUUUUGGCACGAGGCUUAUUGUUUCCACUUUCGCUUUUGUAACACUCUUCAUAAAAUGUAAAUUUUCACGUCACACUUACAUGGCCCGCCAGUCAGGAUGGGCAAAAUUUUUGGCCCCUUCUCCAAAAACCUUGCUCACCCCCAUGCUAGACUAUGUAAUUAUCGACUUUCCUCAAAAAAUCUCAAGUAGGGGUUAAGGAAUAUUAUAUUAUUAAAAUCGUUACCACUAGAAGUACUUGAGGGCACGUACUUCAGGAGACUCAAAAUGUCCGUAUGCAUCUGGGACAAUUCCCAUAUUUGAUAACUAGACUAGGGUGGUCCAAACCCAGGCCCACGGGCCACAUGUGGCCCACCACUUCAUUAUCUGUGGCCCGCCACUUCAUUAUCUGUGGCCCGCCACUUCAUUAUCUGUGGCCCGCCACUUCAUUAUCUGUG